AAAUAAAUACUUUACGUUUGUUUAUGUACAUAUAUAUUACACAAGAACACGGAUUUUAAAUGAAUAAAAUACGAAUCAAUUCGUACGAACGGAAACGGAUAUUCAUGAGGAUUUAUAAUUAAUUCUUACAGUGGUCGUAUUGUUUUCAGCUUGUAUUCUUCUGUCUAUGCCUUCUUACCUGCCUGAUUUAUAUUGGUAAAGCUAACGUUUCAAUUCGUUCCAUCGAUCGACAGUGGGUUUGUGUUAUAAACAGCUAUCUGUCUAAUCCGUUGUCACAUUGAGCGUAACACAUGUUUCAGUGGAGAAGAUCGUGGAGCGGAAAGAAGUGGAUAAUUUUUAUGUACAAAAGUUUUUAAAACAAGGGGUACAUCCUAUUGUGUGAUGGUAGGGGGUCGAGAAAACUAAUUUUAGCAUGGAAAUCCUAAUAUAGGAAAGUUUUACUGACACGUUGGAUAAAAAGUGUUUUAAAUAUUAAACUGUGCCUAUCAAGAACGGUUUGCCUAAAACAUUUAAAUUACAUUCUUGCAUGCUAUAUUAAUCAAAAUGGAAGAAACAAAUUCAAACAAAGACCCCAUAUCUGAAAAGACAGAAGAGGAAAGUGAAAAUAAACAACUAGAGUAUCCAGUUCAUCCAUCAGAUGUGUUACCAGAGGAAAGGGUCAAUUUUUGGAAACUAUUUAAGGAGAACUGGUUGUCAAUCCUUACAGACUGCCUGACUUUUGGAAGCUUUGGAAUGGGUGUUGCUUUCCUAGGACCAACAUUGUUUGAUUUAGGAUGCCAAACAAGCUCCGACCUUAAAGAUAUGAACUGGGUUAUAUUUGCUCAACUUGUGAUGACAUUGGUAGGAUCAAUUUCAGCAGGAUGUUUGGCAAAGAGAGCCGUCCCUGUGUAUGUAUUGCUACUUAUUGGUAUGGUUGGAUUGCCGUUAUUUAUGUAUUUAGUUCCAUCUUGUACAGUGUUUGCCUGGUUAUUAGUUGACUUGUUACUGAUGGGAUGGUGCAUGGGCUGCCUUGAUUGUGUGGCGAAUUUGAGAAUGAUCAUGAGAUUUGGAACCAAUGUUACGCCAUUCUUGCAGGCCAUGCACUUUUUCUAUGGUCUUGGUGCUUUUAUAAGCCCAAUGAUAGCUGCACCAUUCCUGGUUAACAUUGAUUGCACUCCAUUAGUUGAUGGCGUGACAUCAUCAUCAAAUAGUUUAAGAAUAACCAGAGCACAACACCUGAGUAAAUCCAGAACAGCCUUUGUUAUUCUAGGAAGUAUACAGCUUUUGAUCACGUUUAUUGUCGUUACCGUGGUAACACUAGAAAAGAUGAAUAUAAUCAAGACAGGUGCUUACGUAUCCCAAUCAACCAGCCAACAUUCUCUUAAAACAGCAGCCUUAGAAAAAGAUGAAAGAGGAGGCGUUAGUUUGAAGCAUAUAAUAAUUGUAACCAUUAUGGCGUCAAUAUCACUGUUUAUCUACGAUGGGAUACAGUCAUCAUUUGGAGAUUAUAUCUAUUCUUAUGCUGAAAAAAGUAUAAACAAUUUACGAAAAGAAGAAGGAGCAUUUUUAAAUGCAUGCUUCUGGGGAUGUUUUGCCUUUGGUCGUUUAUUAGCCAUUCCACUUGCCACGAGACUGACAUCUUUGUUUAUGCUGUCUAUAAAUUUGGGAGGAGUUCUAGGUGCAUCAACGCUUAUGUUAAUAUUUCACACUGAUAAGACAGUUAUAUAUAUAGGAGUUUGCUCUUUAGGAUUAUUUUUAAGUAGUAUGACACCUACAGCUAUAUCAUUGGCAGAGCAGUUUAUAAAUAUUAAUCCAUCCAUUACGUCGUGUCUGGUAGUUUGUGCUGCCUUGGGGGAAUCACUAUGUCCAAUUAUCGUUGGAAACUUAUUUGCAUUGAUUGGGCCACCAACGUUUUUGACAUUUUGUUUGUCUGCUACAAUCCUAGCUGUUAUCUUUUACGUACUGUUAGUUCUUAUAGGAAGGAGGACUAUUAAAUACAAAGAAAAACCAAGAACAUCGUUUAUCUUUUUGUAUGAAAGGAAAAAAGCUGGUGAAAGUUCUUUGAUCAUGCCAUCAUCUCUAAAGUAUUACUCCAAGAUGCAAGAAGAACCGGAAGAAAAUUUACAGCUAGGCCCAAUCAAAUCAACGUCUACUGAGUAGAUUUAAAAUAUGAGUUUUGACUGCUUUAAAUUUAUGUUAUACAUAAUGUAAAUGCUUUUAAAAUCCGUCAUACCCACCAUUUUCAGAUGAUAAAAAAACCGAUGCUAAGAACAAUCUAUUUUUGAAACAGUUUGGAAGAUUGGCUUUAUUUAAUAUUUCACAAUAAUGUAAGCAAUAGUAAAUUUUAGAAGUCCAAUAUUGAUAGCAUUUUAACAAUAAUAUCGAAAGUUUUGUAGUAGUAUGAGAGAAUUAUUAAUUUGUUGUGGUGCAAGGGAGAUAAUGUUAUACUCUUGUUGUAAUAAAAACGUUGUUGUCAAGAGACAAAAAGUUAAUAAUGUACAAGAGCUUUAUCUGUAACAUACACUUUUAUAUAGUAGUAAAACAAUUGAUUCAUACUAGACGGUUGCAAAAUCUAACUACUUAUAAGCUAAUUUCUCAAAAUUGUUGUCAAUAGAAUGUCAUAUUGGUUUGUGAGGAUUGAAACUGGCUGUGAAGUUCAUUAAAUGUCACAAGUCUCUCACAUAAGAUUUGCUCAAUAAUUUGAUUCAGUUACUUAACAAAUGUCAGUAACUUAACUGUGUGGUUUUUAACGUGUCUGUGAUAUUUCUUUCUAUGUACGAUUUGUUAGUGCAAUUACUAGUUUGUAUUUUUUGGUAGGUUAAAAAACUAAAGUUAAUAAUGCAUUGUAUUAGAUAAGCAUUUGAUAUCAGGGGUGUUGGGAUUUGAGUUACUUAAACGGACUUUACAAGAACUCAAAAUUUAAAAAAAAAAUGCUUGCUCUAGACGGAAUGAAAGUAAAUACUCAGUCCAACACAAUGCAGGAUUAAGUUGUGAAAUAAACGUCUUUGUCGUGUGAAUAUAAAAGCCGGCCUCGCAACAGCUGUAUAUUAAUAUUUUAAUUAUCAUAUCCCUCCCCGAAAAUCAAAUGGUCUAUGUUGGCAAUUGAAAAGCAGAUCAUCCCGUGUAUACACAUAUUCUUAACAGUGUUAGCCUUGAAGCUUUUCUCUUCCGUAUAAAGGCUUAUCUUUAAGAGGUUGCCAUAAAUUGAACUGAUAUUUUUUUUGGACAACGCUAAUGCAUUAUAAAAUGAAGGGACUACAUACUUAUCGUUAAUUUUUCAGUGCUUCUUAAAUUUGUUUAUGUAUGUAUGGUUUUAUAGUGAAUAGAUUUUCUUUAAAAGAAACGUGAUUGUGCUUUUUCUAUAAUGCUUUAGUACAACACUUUGAUUCGUUCAAAGUAUUUUUUAAAUCCGAAAAUUAUCUGUUGUUAAAAACAGACACGAAGAACCCAACUGUUUAUAUAUGUCUCACCUGUAUAACUUGUUAGAUGUCUAAAUGCGAAAAUAAAAGUAGUUUUGCUAUGAUUGGUAAAGUACCAUCACUUCUGUAUGUAUACAACAACAUACAGUUUGAUGUAUUAAUGAUUGUGAAUCAAGUACGGUUAGGUAAUGUUUCUGAAUUGAACAUAUAUAAUACAUUCAUCAUAACAUCGUUGUAAAGGGGAAACAGCGGUGUAAAAAUAAACACGUUGUAAAUUCAAAAUUGAAAUUCUGUUUAACUUAUGUGUAUUUUAAUUUAAAUUAUAUACUAUAAAAACAUGUUAAAAUGAUGUUGGUGCUUAGAGGUCACAGUAAACGCGGUUGCAUGUAUCUAUACAUUUCAUUCAAAAUAUUCAUGCAUAUACUACUCGGCUUCUGCAAGGCCUUAUAUGGAAAUUGUUUGCCCUUAUACUGUCCGCUUUCAGCAAACAUAUCAUACAUCUUGAAUGUUAACUAUAGAAUUAUAAAUAAACACAAAAAAAGGCCAAAGAUAAAGACGUUAGUUAAUUUUACAAACGAAAUUGUUUUGUGAAAUAAGUUGAAAAAUUAUAAAUAUAUAUCACAAUACUUUCAAAAAUCAUUCUAAAUUUUGCACAAAUCAAAUAAUGUACUUUUCCCCUAAUACUGGCACUGUCUGAUGUAUUUAUUUCAUUUCAGCUAUGAAAUGUCAUUUAUUUUCAAUAUUUCUUUUUUUUGUUGCUGUCAUUUUAACCCUAACCCUGCAUUUAAAUUAGAAAAAGGUACCUGUUACUGUUACAUAUACUUCAAGUAUUUUUGAUUUCUGUUUAAAUUAUUUUUAGACGUGUGUAGUAUGCAAACUAAGCGCACACUAAACAGUGACAGGAUAAUAAAUCUAAUAACGGUGGUCACUAAGUGGUAGAAGCUGGAAGUUAAAUCUAAAAUACCCGUUUUUUUUAAAAGAAAGGAAUUUACAAAUUCAUAAUGGAAGAGUGCUUGAUAACUCUUUGUAUGAGCUGGCACAAAUAUAUACUGAAAAAAACACAGUCAGUAAAAUUUAUGUUUAUAAUUGUAAAUAGUGCAAACUUAUGUUAAUUGAGAUAGUUAUGUAGAGCUGUAGUUUAAUACUAAUCUACUAAUAUCAGAUACUUAAAUACUGUUAAUCUUCAUCAAGAUUAUAUUUCGUGAUGUUAAUGUUUUCUUUAUAAUAUGUUAAUAUGUAUUGUUAUUGUUGUCUAUUUCUGUUGAAAAUUCAUUAAAAUGUCUUACAUUUUGA